AUGGCAUCUCAAAAUAAUCUUAUUUAAAAAGGCAAUUACAUUAUAGACUUUGAAAGGGAUCUUAUUGCUUAAGGAAAAAAAGGACCCAUUCUAAGAUGUAGACGUAAAGAUUGCGAUUAAUACUUUUGUGUGAAAGUGAUUAACAAAUCAUAAAAUAAAGCAUAUUAUCAAAGUGAAAUAGAUGCUUUAUUCAAACUUAAAUAGUCAUUUGAAAAGAAUCCAAAUGUCUUAAGGAUUUAUGAUAUUAUAGAGGAGAAUGAUAAAUUUUAUAUUUUUACAGAUUUCUGUAUUUCUACUUUUGAAAAAUAUUUGGAAUAACGAUGGAAUACCAUUACUUUGAAUUCAGAUGAAAUCAAUGAUUUUCUGAGUCAAAUAGUGAGAGGAUAUUAGUAAUUAAGAAAGCUGAAAAUAAGUGUGAGAGAUUUUACACCAAAAACAAUUUUAGUUUAGAAAUUAUUAAAUGAUAGAAUUGUGUUAAAAGUAAAUCUUAAACUUUAAAUAGAUAACUGACUACAGUAUUAAUUAUUAAAUUGAUACCGAAAUAGCAGAUGCUUAAACCCGUACUCCAUAUUACAAGGCACCAGAAUUGUUCUUAGCAAAUUUAGACAAAAUUAAAUCAUUUGAGUCUUGUGACAUUUAUUCGGUAAGAUUUAAUAAAUAUUAUUCAAAAAGCUUGGAGUAAUUCUAUAUAUGAUGUGCUUUAAAGGAGAAAAUUUAAUGAAGUUUGGGAAUUUCAACGAUUUAUCGAAAUUUCAUGAAGAACUGAGGGUCAAAAGAGCCUUUUAAUUACCAAAAAAUACUUUUUGUUAGUAAGAAUUAAGCUAAUUAUUAUCAUAAAUGAUUGUUUAUAAUCCAGAAGAUAGAAUAUCAUGGGAUUAAUUGGAAUCGAUGGUACCUCCAAAAUUUGUCAUCUUAAAAGAAAUAUUUUUUGUGGAUUUUAAAUAAACUCUUGGUUAAGGAGCCUAAGGAGUGACUCAUAUUACAUAUGAUUUAACAAAUAAUGAAUAGUUUGUUUGCAAAGUCAUUUAAAACAAAAAUUUAGGAACUUCUAGAGAAAUAUAAAUAUUCGAAUAAAUCAAAGGGAAAAAUAAUGAAAAUGUGAUCAAAAUUUUUGAAUUAAUAAAAUAAACACAAUUUACUUAUCUAAUUAUGGAAAAAUGUGAUAUCAGUAUGCAAAGUUAUUUAGAAUAAAAAUAAUAAUCUAAAACUUAAUUAGAUUAAAAAGAAAUCUUAGAUAUAUUAUACUAAAUUGUUGAAGGCUAUUGUUUUUUAAAAUAAAUAGGAGUAAUUCACAGAGAUCUAAAACCAGAUAAUAUUCUAUUUAAAAAGAAUAAAUAUGGGAGAAAUAUUGUUAAAGUAUUUUAAUCAACUUCAAUUAGAUUAUAGAUUUUGGAGUUGGUAAGAUUAUAGGAAAAGAUUACACAAGAACUGAGGCAGGAACACCAUUAUAUGCUGCUCCUGAAGUAUUAGAACAAGGGAAAGCUUAUAAUUAUUAAUGUGAUAUUUAUUCAGUACUCUAUUUAUUUAAGCUUUAGUUAGGAGUUAUUCUCUUUAAUUUAGCAUUUCUAAAAAUGUUUAAAGAUAUUCGAAGUAGAUAAGACCUGAAUGAAUUUCAUAAAUCCUUAGCAAUUAAACCAUUUGAAUGUCCAAAUCAUUAAGUAUAUUAUUUAGUUGAGUUUAGAAUCCAUUAAUCACAGAUCUCAUUAAAAAAAUGAUUGUAUAUGAUCCAAUUUAAAGAAUUACUUGGGAAUAAUUGUAAGCUCAUAGUAUAUUUGAUGAAGUGAGAUAAUCUUUACUAUCUCAAUCCCAAUAAAUGAAUUUAGGUGGAAAUAUCACAGAGAUAUAUUAAUACAUUUACUCUCUUUAUUUAUUGGCAUUAAAAUUAUUAACAUCAUGUGAAGAAUGUUAAAAAGAAAAUCUAUAAUUCUAUGAUGAAUUACUAUUAUUUUAAUAAUUUAUUAUUAGAUUCUAAUUAACUUGUAUGAAUUGCCUUCGUUAACUUAGUUACGAAGAGGUUAUUAAUUUAUCUGGAAUAGAUUUUAGAAUAACAUAAAAGAAAAACUAUUCUCUUUGGUUAGAUGAAAUUUAAUUUAAAAAAUUAUUUUCCUCAGACUUGGAAAAGUAUAGUUCUUUAAUAAAAACAAAACCUAUUAAUUUAACCUAGAUUGUUAUUAUGGGAUAAGAAAUUUUAAAAAAUCAAAAAAAUAGUGUUUAAGAUGAAAAUCAAAAUAUCAAUUUUUUAAGUAGUCAUUAAUUCUUCAAUCAAUUUUACUCAUUAAUAAGGGCUCUAAUUUUAAAGUCUAAUCUCCCAAUAAAAUUUAAAUAUUAAAUACAAAAAUUUUCAGAUGUUUUUAUAGAAUACCCCAUAUAGAAUUUCAAUUAAUAUUCACACACUAAAUUAACUUUAAAGAUAUGCCUAGUAAAUUAGAUGGAAUAAUAUAUUGAGAAUCAACUAAAAUUAAUUUUAUGA